AUGAUGUGGCCGGAAAAAAAGCAACAAGAAGCGGCAAGCGGGCCUGUACUUCCCUAUCCCUUCGUCAAGGAGCUGCCCUUAGCAAGCUCGACAUUCUCCUUUCUUGACACGCUUCCUAGGAGUAUGAAGGUCUUGUUGGCCGUUCUGGUGGGGCUCACCGCUUUGCUGAGCACCUCCGAAGCGAACUCCUGCUUGGAUCCCACCGAUACCGACUACAGAUGCGAGAUCGAUGCUGAGGGAACCCUGGAUCUUUCCGAAUGCCUUGUAGCUGAUGACGACGUCGACAGCGGUGACCUCGCGGCGUGCUUGGAUGCCGCCGGAAGGGAAAGUGUCAUUUUCCUCGACCUGGGUCGCAACGACCUCACCACCCUCCCCGAUGGAGUAUUUCUGGAUCUCACGUCAAUGGAAACCCUCCACAUCGAUGUCAACGACUUCGGCAGCCUGCCGGACGGCAUUUUCCAGGAUCUCCCAGCCCUCAACAAGCUUGAUAUCUGGAACAGCGGCCUCACCAGCCUGACGGACGGAACAUUCCAGGGUCUCACGACCGUCACAAAACUAUACCUCCACGACAACGAGCUCUCCUACCUCCCCAGUGGAAUAUUCCAGGAUCCCAGUGCCCUGGAAAUUAUCUGGCUCAACGACAACGUGCUCGCCACGCUGCCGGAGGGGGUGUUCGAGGAUCUUACGGCCCUAACUUUUCUGGACUUAAUCGGAAAUCCUUUGGAAUGCUUACCGGAAACAACCCUGGCGGCAGCUGCUGAUGAUGAUGCCGACGGACUCCACGUCGACACAUACGGCACCGAAUGUGGGUGUGCUGUUACGGGCGUGACCAACGUUUGCGGCGCUGAAACCUGCACUCCUGGACCUGUCGGAUACACUUGCGGGGCGACAACGUCGGCGCCGAGGGCUGUGGCUGCACCUACUCCUACGCUGGAAACAGAAGCACCUGCACUGGGCGCAGAGGCGACCACGCCGGCGCCCUUUGCUGUUGUUGCACCUACACGUCCGCUGGAAACAGAAGCACCUACACCGGGCACCGCUACACCGGCAUCUGCGCUAGCACCUACGUUAGCACCCACCUCGAGCUCAAAAGGGUCGACUUCGGACUCUACGCCCAUCGUAGCGGGGGUAAUCUCCGCCGUUGCCGGUGCCGCCUUCAUUGCACUCGCGGUCCUGGGCAAGCGUCGACGAGACACAAGGCAGAAGGCCGCGCAGCCCCGCUCGGAUCCUCCUGCUCCCGGCGGCGGCAACCUCGAGCAAGGCCUUGGGCCCGUCCCGCCCCCUUCCUACACAGCGGCGCUUGCCUUAGCAAAUGGAGGCGACGACGACAAAUGGCCUUCCGCACAACACAACGAGGCAUCGCCACCCCCGUUCGCGCCGGCGGAAGGGGUCGGCGAUGGAGACAUUGUUCCGCGGUCAGCACCGACAGCAGUCGUCUUGGGUGCUGUCGAAGAUCGUAUUGCCGCCGGGCUCGGAGGCGAGGGAAGUGCGGCAGUUCUACCCUCAGCGGAAAAGUCGACGACGGACACUACGUCCACCGCCACACACUCCACCGCAAACGUUUCCACUCACGAACGGGCAGAACUUGCCGUGUUUCAACAAAGACAAGACGUGCUGGAGGCCGCUCCGGUUGCUAGCGGAUCUCGACCAGUACCAGCCUCUGGCAGCAGCGGUGGCGUCGGCGGCGUCGACGUCGGCGUCGGCGGCGCCAGAGAAACCUCGUCGGCGGCCGACCGCCAAAACUCGGCGGAAGACCUCGGGCUUGGCCACGCCGUCUUGGGGGCGGCACAGGAGCUGGCGCGUCAUUGCCAGGUCCCCGGCAUCAGUGAGGCGGCGGCGGUGUUGUGCAUCAUGGCAAACCUCUUCACGGACAACCGUGAGAACGACCGGGAGAACGAUUCAAGGCUGAGGCAGUGCCGCUCGAUCGUGAUGGCGCUCAAGCGGGCCGAGAAAGUGGUUGGCAAGGGUGGCGACACAACCGGGGAGGUGGCACGUGUCUUGAUUGAGGACGUGCACGACGCCAUCUUCGAUCUGGUGGAGCUCAUAAAAACGUUUCAGAGCAAGAACAAGCUCUCAAAGCUGUUUCUGUCGACGCUGUUCAAGCGGCGCAAGGACGAGCUGGAUGCCGUCGUGGACCGAGCAAUCACGCGCCUGCAGUUGGGCCUGCAGCUGCAAAUGGGGCACGACAUGGGUUCAGUCAAGGAUAGCAUGAAGUCAAUGGAGGACGACGUCAGCGCAGUCAAGCAUGGCGUCAAGGCAGUGGAGGAGGGCAUGAACCUCUACAGGCAGGGUUCUAACGCGGAGUCUACUACAUCGGAGUCCGUGGCGGAGGCUCGCAGCAUACGGCGGAAGCGCAAACUUGACCAAGUCGAGAUUCCUGAAGACCAACUCUUCAUCACAACCGAUCUGUUGGGAAAAGGAGGCUUCGGCGAAGUGUACCUGGCCGAUUACAACGGCCACAACGCAGCGGCGAAGGUACUAUACAUCGCCCACGACUUGGGCGCUCUCGACGAGAACCAAAAACAGCGGGAGACGAGGCAGCGCAAGGGGUUCCUGCGGGAGCUGGAGGCCAUGAUCCGCCUUCGGAGCCCGAACACGGUCAACGUCUAUGGGGCGGUGACGUCUCUGUCGGACCGCAUGGUGCUCGUCAUGGAGCUGCUCCCCAACGGGGACCUCCUCACGUUGUUGAGGAGGUCUACGAAUCCCCUCCCCGAGGAGAAGUCCAGACAGAUCAUCGGAGACAUCUGCGCCGGGAUGGCCUUCCUGCACGGCAAGAACACGGUCCACGGUGACCUCAAGUCGGCCAACGUGCUUCUCGACGGCGGCGGCAGGGCCAAGAUCGGCGACUUCGGCACGUCCAGGUGGUCGCAGCACACGAACUCCACAGGCCUGGCCACGUACACCACCAAGGCCAACCAGAGCACUCAGAUGAGCCUCGCCUGGAGCGCACCGGAGGUGCUCGAGUCAGGCGGAAGCACCUACAAGAGCGAUGUCUACAGCUUCGGGAUCGUGGUUUGGGAGGUGCUCUCCAGGGAGCUACCGUGGGCGAACAAGACACGCCCUCGUGAUAUCCUGUCGGCGGUGUUGAUGGGGAUCCGGCCUUCGUUCCAUGUGGACGCUCCUGCCGACAUCGUGGAUAUCGCUAAAGCCUGCUGGGGUGGGGAGCCCGAGGAGCGCACUACGUUCAGUGCCAUCUUGGAGGGCAUGGACGCAAAGGGGUGGCGUGAGUAGGCUCCUGUACGGGUCCGUUCACAACCGUUCGAAAUGCGCCCAUAGGGAGUAUUUGACCGAAUACAGCAAAUCGACAUAGUGCACCAAACAUGGCACCAACAGCCAUGGUGUUGGAUCAACUGCGGGUUGCUGAUGCGUCAUAUCGUGCCGUAUGUGUUACCCUGAUCCUC